ACUUUCUGGGGCCACAAACCCAUGAUACGCCUCUUCCUUUUUGAGGUCAAAUGACCAUUUCUUAUUUGCAGUAGGUCUGCAUUAAUUUGUCCCUUUUUAAUGAGUUUAUUUGUUUAAUCAGCCCUUUCUACUGAAUUUUUAAAAGUGUAAAAACGUGUACUAAAGUUUACACUUAAAAACCUUUCAGACUGAAAAUGGAGCUGUAUUAGUGUGUAGUAGGCUACAUCUCUUGAGAGAAUAAGAGGGAGAGAGCAUAACAAGGGUGUCUUAUUUCCUCCCCAAAUUUCUCAACUGCUUAUUCAUUCAAUGUAUAUGAAAUGUGUAUGAAAAAAGAUAAAGAACAGUAAAUUUCUAUAUGAACAUGUAUGAUUCAAGCUGUAGAAAGAAAAUAUGAACAGUUUGAAAAACAUCCAGAGAAAAUGUCUACGUAUUUUUUUGAGACGAGGUUGGCAAAUGUAGACACGUCAGUUGAAAUAUGAUGUUGCCCAUGUGUUUGUAAUAAUUUGUUCUUAUCUUUAAACAUUAGUUUUAAUAAAUGUGUUUCCAUAGGGUUAUGUUCUCCAGCUUUGUGGAAUCUGGAGUACCUUAUGUAAUAUCUCUGUACACUCCUCCCCUCCAGUAUUUAUGUUUCCCAGUUCUGUACUUAUAUAAAUAAAGACCACUGAGUAGAAAUUAGACAAAGUGAGCCUGUCAUUUCCUCUAACACAAUGAUCCUGCACCUGAUCUAUGACAGAUUUGAUUUUAAAAGCUGGAUCAUUUUAUUUUUUGUAUUUCUGAUCCUUGCUGAUAUGAUCAAAAAUAGGAAUCAUUCAAAUUUCCCUCCAGGACCAUGGCCUCUGCCAUUCCUGGGAACUGUCUUCACUAAGAUGGAUUUUAGGACACUAAAUAAGUUGGCUGAAGUCUACGGGAACAUCUUCAGCUUAAGAGUGGGCAGUGAGAAAAUGGUAAUCGUGUCGGGAUAUAAAACAGUGAAGGAGGCCCUCGUUACUCAAAUUGACAGUUUUGUUGAGCGUCCAAAUGUCCCUCUGUUUCACAAAAUUUAUAAGGGAACUGGUUUAGCAAUAAGUAAUGGAUACCAGUGGCGGACACAUAGGAAGUUUGCAGGCCUCCAUUUACGGAUGUUUGGAGAGGAGAAGAAAAUCCUUGAGCACAGCAUUCAACAAGAGUCUGUCUAUCUCUGUGAUGCCUUUAAGACAGAAAAGGGACCUUUCAACCCUAUGACCAUCUUAAACAGCGCUGUCUCAAAUACUGUUGCCUGUUUGAUUUUUGGACAACGCUUUGACUAUCAUGAUGAAUAUUACCAAAGAAUACUUCAUCUUGACAAUGAAUGUAUUCAGUUAAUGGGCUCUCCUAGAGCACAGCUGUAUAAUGUGUGUCCUUGGCUCUUGGAAUACUUACCUGGACCCCAUCAGACUAUGUUUUCAAACUAUAAACAAAUAACAGACUUCCUAAGAGGAGAGAUCAUUAAACACAGAGAGGACUGGGACCCUUCAAACCCACGUGACUUUAUAGACAACUACCUGACUGAAAUGGAAAAGAAAAAGAGUGACCCUGAGACUGGUUUUAACGUAGAAGGGUUAGUGAUAUCUUGCUUAGACAUGAUGGAGGCCGGGACAGAGACCUCUGCUUCUACAUUACGCUGGGGUCUGCUUUUAAUGAUCAAAUAUCCAGAAAUACAGAAAAAGGUACAUGCAGAGAUAGACAGGGUGAUUGGACAGUCGCGUCAACCCUGUUUGGCUGACAGAGUUGAUAUGCCCUACACUGAGGCUGUUAUCCAUGAGAUUCAAAGAUUUGGAGAUGUCGUCCCACUGGGAUUGCCUAAAAAAGCUGCUAAAGACACAACAGUAGGAGGAUUCUUCAUUCCUAAAGGCACCUCUAUUUUAACAAGCCUGUCUUCAGUCCUGCAUGAUCCAAAUGAAUGGGAGACACCAGACACCUUUAACCCAGGACACUUCCUGAAUGAAAAUGACCAGUUUCGCAAAAGAGAUGCUUUUCUGCCUUUUUCAGCAGGUAAACGAGCGUGUUUGGGAGAGCAGCUGGCUCGUCAGGUGAUCUUCCUGUUCUUCACCUCUCUGCUGCAGCAAUUCACCAUCUCCAAAUGUCCAGGAGAGGAACCCAGUUUGGAGGGAGAGAUAUGGUUCACAAAUGUUCCUUGUCCAUACCGUAUGUGUGUGUCCUCACGUUAGAACAAUACAAAGUCAGUAAGAUUAGAUAUAUGCUUUCUGAUAUGUGUUUCUGGUUGAUUAUCUUUUCCACAUUUUAAAUGUAUCAGCACAUGCAUGAAUGAUUUUGAUGUACGUAAUGUACAUGUAUUGAUACCUGUAUUAAUGCUCUGUGUAAAUGCUUUAUGGAUGUGCAAAAAAUGAUAUUUGCCAUGUAAAUAAAUUAUACUUCAGUUGAAAA